AUGCAUUUAUUGACGCAAAUCGCCAUGUCUCAACCAACGAAAUCCAGUCUACGAAAGCAGCCAAAACGUGAACGAGAGUCUCGUAUUGUUGUGACUUCCGAUGCACCACUGCGAAAACCAUUACUAUCUAGUAACGAUUAUCAAGCUCCAUUGACUGCACAUGCAUUACCUCCAACGUCAAAAUGGUUGAUCGUUCGUAACAAUAUUCAUAAGAUUCGAAGUUGGGGAAUGAUUCGACGAAUAUCUGCGAAUCAACCGUUUCAAGAUUGGUAUUUAUUUUUUCAAAUGAGACGUGAAUUAAAACGUGCCGAAGAUCAGAUUCGUGCUUUACAGUAUCGACCCGACUUCGAACCUGUACAUUAUUUCGAAUUACCAAUCGACGAAAUGCGCGUGCAACGAUACAAUGUUUCACAUGUUCGACCAACCGAUGGAAUUUAUUAUGCUGGUCUCGGUUCUGAACCGAUUGUCCUACAAUAUUUACUUUAUUAUUUCAGUAAAGACUGUCCUGUGCCAUACAAUGGCAUAUUUUAUUCAUUUCUCUUCGAUGUCAACUCUGUAUUAGACACAAACCGUAAACGUAUCAAUCGCGUGGUCGUCUUCCGUAAAUUAGCACUAGUUCUGGCUUUAGCUGUGUCUAUUCUACUUCUGAUUAUGUUUUUCUCGUUGAUUUUAAGCGUUUUAACAACAACAUCAAAUCUAAGAGAAAUGUACCGACAAGAUUACCUGGGUAGAACGAGUCCGAAUGGAACAAACGCGUCUCGAUUGUUCCUAUCAGUGUUUAGAGAUCUCGAUGAUCAUCAAGAUCACGAUCACGAAUAA